AUGAUAUUCCCGGCCUUCGGGGAAGACGACGAGUUUUGCCAUUAUAUUUCCCAAAACGCAGACUACGCGGUCCUCGACGUUGCGUACCGUCUAUCCCCCGAGAAUCCCUUCCCGGCCGCCGUAAACGACGUCGAAGACGCAGUGCGAUGGGUGCUAAGUCAACCCGAGAAGUUCGAUCUUUCCAGAUUGAGUAUUUCGGGCUUCAGCGCCGGGGGAAACCUCGCUCUCGUGGCCUCAGGAGUGCUGAUGCCUCCAAAAACCUUCCGUUCGGUGCUCGCGUUCUACCCAGGCACGGACUUGACUAGGAUUCCCGAAGAGAUGGUUGCGCCUGAUCCUACUGGAAAAGUCAUCCCCCCCUAG